AUGGCAACUGGAACCAAAGAGGACCUCAUUGUCCGUGUCCCCUCUGAUUUGACCAAAGAAUGGCUGUCUUCGAAGUUCAAUGCGGCUGUAUCGUCCUUUAAAACCGAGAAAAUCGGUACAGGACAGGUCUCGCAUUGCCAUCGUGUAUCCUUGGACUACGUGGACCCGAAGUCCGCUGGUCCAAGCAGCGUGAUCUUGAAGGUUGCCUCUGACGAUAGCUCCUCCAAGGAGUCUGCCCAACUCCUCAAUCUGUACCAGCAAGAGGUCAAAUUCUACACGGAAAUAUUCCCUCAUCUCCAUCCUGGAUCGCUAUCUCCAGUGUACCAUGCGGCUUAUUACGAAGAUGACAACACUUUCUGCUUACUGCUCGGAGAUGCGACUCCAGCAGUGGUUGGGAAUGAGAUCGAAGGAACCACCAUUGAAAAGGCACGGCUUGCAAUGCGAGAGCUCGGCAAGCUCCAGGCGUCAACCAUCAACAGUACCAAAAUGCAAGAGUUAGAAUGGUUGAACAGGCCAAGUCCCCUGGAUCAGCAAAUGUUCCAAGCGAUGUUCAAAGAAUGGGUUGAAAGAUAUGAGAAAAGAGUGAAACCGGCGCAUAUGGUCGUCUGCUCCAGCCUCGUCAGCACCUUUGACCAAUUUGAAGCGGAGAGAAAGGAGAAAGAAACCGUAUGGGGACUCGUCCAUGGAGACUACCGACUCGACAAUCUUCUCUUUGGGGAGAGCGGCUCCGAUCGGGAGUUAACCAUUGUCGAUUGGCAGACCCUAUUCUGGGGCCCGCUCAUGUCCGAUGCAGCAUAUUUCCUUGGAUGCGCCCUGGAUCCCGCACUUAGGCGUGAGCACACUGAUGAGCUCCUCAAAAUUUACCACGAAGCCCUAGGCUCAGAGAUCGUGACUCUGGAGACGUGUCGCGAAAGCCUGCGGAGACAGGCAUUCUUCGGCGUCGUGAUGGCCAUCGUCUCACCGAUCUUUGUUGAGCGAACCGAGAGAGGAGACGAUCUGUUUAUGACGCUUAUCGCCCGACAUUGUCAGCAAGUGCUCGAUCUUGACUCGUUGGACAUGUUGCCGCGGCCUGCUGCUCUUGUACCGCUGUCACCGGCACUGAAAGAUGAGGGCCGUCACCCGCCGGGAAAAGAGCAUUUCUGGCAGGAGAGCUAUUACAUGGAUUUUGCAGACCUCUCACAGGGCAUUGGAGGAUAUGUUCGGCUUGGUGUCGACCCUGCUCGAAAUCGCACAUGGUAUACGGCUGUUCUCGCUGGCCCAGGAAGGCCGUCGGUGGCGAUUGUUGACUUCCACGCGCCGUUGCCAGACGCAGACAUGAACAUCAAAGCUUCUGAUUUUGAAUCCAAGCAGAAAGUGAAUGAUCCACUAAAGAGCUAUACUGUUACCGUUAAAGGUACUGCUCGGUCCUAUGCGGAUCCGUCAAUGCUCCUUCAAAAAGACUGGGACACGCUAGGGAAACCAGUGCCAGUGACAUUGGAUUUGACCUGGGUUUCUGACGGAACACCUUACAAGUACCGUAUCACCACUCGCUAUGAGAUUCCAUGCCUCAUCACUGGGAGUAUCUCUAUCGGCUCGGAGACUAUCAAGCUAGAUGCUGUCCCAGGGCAAAGAGAUCAUUCCUGGGGGGCACGGGAUUGGUGGUCAGCGGAUUGGGUAUGGAGCGCACUCCAUUUGGAUGAGAAGACACACAUCCACGGGCUGGACCUGCGCGUCCCAUCUGGUCCUCGGCUGUCCCUAGGAUACGUUCAAAAUGCCCCGAAGGAACAAAAGAUCACCGAAUUGAGCAGUAACCUGUGUGAGGAGGCGUUUCACGACAAUGGGUUGACCAGCACGGCGACCUGGACAAUCAAGAGCGAGGGGAUGGAGGACAUAGUUGCGAAUAUGGAAAUUCUGGGACAUGGGCCGCUCAGGCUUGAAGCGGAUGACGGAAGGGUGGCACUGUUCCCAAGAGCUUGGGGGAAGAUCAAAACCGAAGACGGUCGAGAGGGGGUCGCAUGGGCGGAAUGGAAUAAAAACUAA